AUGUAUGGACCAGUUGAAAAAGAAGAAAAUACUGCUUAUUUGAGACCAGAAACAGCACAAGGAAUUUUUAUUAAUUUUAAUAACGUCAUUACUACAUCUAGAAAAAGGUUACCAUUGGGUAUUGGACAAAUUGGUAAAGCUUUUAGAAAUGAAAUUUCUCCAAGAGAUUUUAUUUUCAGAACUCGUGAAUUUGAGCAGAUGGAGCUAGAGUAUUUCUGUCACCCAUCUACCUCGUCGGAUUAUUUCAAAUAUUGGGUGAACUUUUGUUAUGAAUGGCUGUUGAAAAUAGGGUUGAGGAAAGAAAAUGUGAGAAUUUAUACAAAGACUCAAGAUUUGGCUCACUACUCCAAAGAAACAUCAGACAUUGAAUAUUUAUUCCCAUUUGGUUGGUCUGAAAUUUGGGGAAUUGCAAACCGAACUGAUUAUGAUCUUCAAGCUCAUGCUCAACCAUCCAAAAAGAAAGAUAGACACACCUUUGAAUAUGUUGAUCCUCAAACCAACGAAAGAUAUGUUCCACAUGUUGUUGAGCCAUCUGCUGGAGUAGACCGUGUAUUAUUCUCUCUUCUCUAUGAUGCUUAUAAUGUAGAGGACGUUCCAGGCGAGGAAGAGAAGCGAGUGGUCUUAAAGAUUCAUCCAGAUCUUGCUCCUUAUAAGUUUGCAGUCUUUCCACUCCAAAAGAAGCCAGCUGAGUUGAUGCAAAAAGCUGAAGAUAUUUACAAUAAGCUCUCAACAGUAGUAGCUACUGAUUAUGAUGUUUCUCCAAGUAUUGGAGUUUUGUAUAGAAGACAUGACGAAAUUGGAACACCUUAUUGUAUCACUGUUGACCACCAAACCUUAAAGGAUAAUACUGUCACGAUCCGAGAUAGAGAUACAAUGAAGCAAAUCCGUUUGAGCUGUGACGAGUUAUUGAACAACCCUCAACAUCUUCUCAAGAACAGCCCAUUCCAGAGUGCUUAA